AUGUGUCUUUCCGUCGUUAGCAAACCAGUAAGCAAAACAGGGCUUACUGAAAUUCUAUGCGGGAUGCUAGUAAGUCUGAACAAGCUCAAAGGAGAGUGCUUUGUACUGAAAUUAUAGGAAUGAAUUGGUUGAAACGAACAUAUGGGUAAAAGUUCCACAUCUAAUACAGAACAUUAUUCGUUCCAAAAAACAAAAUGCAGUUGGUGAGGAUGAAGGGGGCUUUAAAGCAAGUGCUAAUCAAUGGAGGGAGAUUCUAUAUGAAUAACCAACAAAGUUACACUGGUAUUUUAAGUACCUGGUCAACAAGUCAAGGAUAUUCUGUAUACGAAGUUAAAUUUGAGACGCCCACUACAGCAUCGGCUCCCUUUGUGUUGCAACCUCGCGUGGUGGUUUAUGAUGGAGUCUGCCAUCUUUGCAACAGAGGGGUGCAGUGGGUUAUUAAAGCAGACAAGAACAAGAAGAUUAGGUUCUGUGCUGUUCAAUCCAAGGCUGCAGAGCCAUACUUGAUAGCUUGCGGACUGGACCAGAAAGAUGUUUUGCGGCGCUUUUUGUUUGUAGAGGGACCUGGUUUAUGCCAUCAAGCAUCAACAGCGGCAUUAAAAAUCUUGUCAUAUUUGCCAGUACCAUAUUCCAUUCUCAGCUCUUUCCUUAUUAUUCCAACUCCAUUAAGGGAUGCUGUCUAUGACUAUGUUGCAAAGCACCGUUAUGAUUGGUUUGGUAAAUCAGUGGAGUGCAUCGUACCAGACAAUGAAGUGUUUGACCGAUUCAUAGAUAGAGAUGAGAUGUUGGAGAGGCAAAAAAAAAUAUAAGCACUGGAACAGAGAAGUACUUUUCAUAAUCAAAUAUGUGUUAAAGAUUUCUUAUAUCUGCUUGGAUUUUGCCAAAUGAGGAUCAGGGUUUCCUAAUUUUAUUUUGGGUUACACCUGAGAGCUCUCAGAAUUGCACCUUUUUCAUUUUCUCACUUGAAUUCAAUUUCAUUGAUAGUGAACAUUUCUUCUCUAUCACACCAUAACUUGAAAGUGAAGAUAUCAAGAGGUUCCCUAUAGAGACCCAUCAUUGAUAAUUUGUUUUAAGCCAUUGAUAGGAAUAUUGCUUUGAAAUUUACCCUCAAGAGUUGGUUCAAUUGCUAUGUUUUAUACAUUGACUCAGAUGAUUCUCCUGGCUUUGUAUAUAAUUUACGACACAGGAUUCUUAACUGGUUUGACAUUGUUGAUAUUUUGUAGAGUGGAAAGUGCCGCUUACGGUCAAGGAAAAUGUACAUGAAAACACACUUACUUUGCUCAAAAAAGUAUAAGGGAACAGUAAAGAGGGCAAUGGUUUAUGGAUGUCUCUAUGUUUUU